GGAGGUAUGGUGUAUUCAGGACUGGACUGACAAUCUGUAGCUUCUGGCAAAUACCAGAGAGGCUGCUGGAAGUUUCCACAGACACAGUCACUGUUUAUUGUGCCUCUGUCUACUUCACAUGCCAGGGCCUGUUAUUUAUUUUAUUAUUAACAUGUAUUUAUAUAGUGCCAACAUAUUUAUCCCAGUCCAGACCUGUGUGUAUUGUUCAGCCAGCACGCAGAGGCUGACGGGUAGAAAUUAUUAGUAACGGCGGCUAAAGAAGGAGUUUGUGUCCCUCACAGUUUGGUUCAGAUUUUACAGAGUGUGUGAGGGAUAAUUUGAGGGAUAUGGGACAAAUAUUAUUUUUUCGCCCAGGCUCUCAGCUCUGAUAUAAUAACUACACACAUUACACGAUUGGGGAGAGUGCAGGAGAGAGAGAGAGAGAGAGAGAGAGAGCAGAAGAGAAUGCAGGAGAGAGAGAGUGCAGGUGAGAGUGCAGAAGAGAGGGUACAGGAGAGAGAGAGUGCAGGUCAGAGUGCAGAAGAGAAUGCAGGAGAGAGAGUGCAGAGAUUGACACACUUCUGCCUCAUCAGGGUGAUUGUUGUGUGAUGCCCCAAGCGGUUGCUAUGCAGCUUUGUGCUGUUCCUCUGAGCUUCAGUCUGCACUUUAAAUGCGUUUCAGAUCCCUUGGAAUUUCCUGCUCUCAAAUUACUCCAAAUAUAUUCCCCCCAGUACAGCGGUCUCGCACUUCUACACAGUCCGUAGCUCUCUCCUCCCUGAGAUGCAUCUGGCACCACUAAUGAGGAAGCCAAUGUGAGUAUUAACAUCUAAUAAUGAGCGUCCUUCCUCCUGUGCGCAGGGACAGGAUUGUGGCAGAGCUACCCCAGUGCUUCAGUAAAGAGUCAUGUCUGCACACCCGAGAGUCUUUUCAUUCUAAAGUCACCAGUGCCUGUAAGCAGCAACGUACAGGGACUGUGGGCAGAUAUAGGAUCUCCAAAGUGAUUGUGGUUGGGGACCUGUCAGUGGGAAAGACAUGCUUGAUCAAUAGGUUUUGUAAAGACACGUUUGACAAGAAUUAUAAAGCCACAAUUGGAGUGGACUUUGAGAUGGAGCGAUUUGAAAUUUUAGGGGUGCCAUUCAGCUUGCAGCUCUGGGACACAGCAGGACAAGAGAGAUUUAAAUGCAUUGCUUCUACAUAUUACAGAGGGGCCCAAGCUAUAAUCAUUGCCUUCGAUUUGACUGAUGUUUCCACCUUAGAACACACCAGGCAGUGGCUACAAGAUGCACUAAAGGAAAAUGACGCUUCGUCUGUGCUCCUUUUCCUAGUUGGAUCAAAGAAGGACCUCAGUUCCCCAUCUCAGUAUGCACUAAUGGAAAAAGAUGCCAUAAAGGUUGCAAAGGAAAUGCAGGCCGAGUACUGGUCUGUGUCUUCACUAACAGGGGAAAACGUGAAGGAAUUCUUCUUCCGUGUGGCAUCCUUAACCUUUGAGUCUAAUGUGCUGGCAGAGCUGGAGAAGACUUAUGCUAGAAGGAUCGGCGAAGUUGUGCGCAUUAACAGCAAUGACAGAAACGUGUACCAGUGCACAAAGAAAAACAAAUCCACCUGCUGCCAGUGAAUCUUUUCUGCUGCCACAUUUAAUAUUUGCACUCGGCUUCUGAAGACCAAAGUAUUUUAUAGACCAAUUUUAGAGAGUAAAUGAAUCCAAAGGCCCUGCAGCUCUACUCUGUUCUAGGAGUCGUCAAAGGGUUUUCUAAUGGACUAAGGGGUAUAUUUAUCAAAGCGUGAAGUUAAUAGUGAAGUUCCGCCACUAGAGUGAAAUUCCACCACUCUCCAUUCAUUUCUAUGGGAUUUUA